AUGAAGCUCUUCACCUUCCUCCUCGUCUUCUUGGUCUCGGUCUUGUCCACUUCUGCUACUGUUCUUGAUACUGAUAACUCUUUUGGUACUUCCUCUGAGGCUGGCAGGCCCAGAAGGGCUCGAUGCACUACCUGGGAGCACUGCCGUAACAUGAAGUCUUGCAUUGAUGGCUACUGUCGUUAUCCGGAAGAAAAGCCUCCCAUGCUGCUUGCGGCCCGUGAUGAAACUGCUUCGCAUCCCCCUGUUGACCUUUAUGAGAUCCAAGGCGAUCGUUGCGAUUCUAACAAGAACUGUCCCGGCUCUCACAACUGCAUCCGUGGUUACUGUCGCCAGAAGCCUCAUGAUUCUCCUGCAACUUUCGAGUCCCCUGAUUCAAACGAUGACGAUGAAUCUGACGCCGUCGAGGUCAAGGCUACCCAGUGCCGCUCUUACAAGGAUUGUCGCUACGCGAAGCAAUGUGUCAAAGGCACUUGCCAGUACCCUCGUGGUCAGCCUCAUCCAGCUCUUGUGGCGGAUGAUGAAAGUGACAACCAGUCGCUUGAGUCUAGAGGUAUGGAGUGUAAUUCUGCCGAGCAGUGCCAGGGUGGCAAGUGGUGUGUCCAUGGAACUUGUCGCUACAUUCGUGGUCGGCCUCCUCUUACCUGGAUCCACUCCCGCGAUUUUGCCGAUCAGGCUGUCAACGGCACUUGUGAAAAGGAUGCUGAUUGCGGCGACGGUAUCUGCCUGGAGAAUGUUUGUAUCGACGCGGCCGUGAAUGACGACCUAGCUCUCGAUGGUGAUCUUGAGACCGGUAUUUCCAAAGUCAGGAAAGCAUGCAGUGACAAUGGUGACUGUCCCAAGGGCAAGAUCUGCAUGUGGCGUACUUGUAGAGCCCCUGUCAAGAUUCAUUCCACGCGUGAUGUUGAGAGCGUCGACGUUGAAAACGAUACCGAUCUAAAUGAUGCUGAUGGCGUCCUUCGCUCCGACAACGAUUCUACACUUCUCUCUGAGCGUGACACUGCUGACCCGGAUCCUGAAGCCAACGAUGAAAUCGAGGAGCCCAAGACUCAAGUGCUCGGCAAGACCUGCAACAACUGCCCCAAAGGCAAAGUCUGCAACCGCAACGGGAAAUGCGUUGACAAGAAAUGUGGCAAUCGCCCUGCCUGCAACUUCGGAUGGUGCAAGAACGGCAAAUGUACCAACGGCCUAGGGGGGCGCUCCUACGACAAUGGCUACGAGGUCGAAGAAGGCGAAAAUGUCAAUGAUGGUGCUGAUGAUCUCGACGCCCCUGAAACCCACCUUCUCGCAGAAGGCAAAAAGUGCAAGACCUUCAAGGACUGCGGACCUUACCAGAAAUGUGAGAAGAAGCGUUGCAAGAUCCGACCCUGUAUUGAAGUUCCAACUUGCCGGCCUGGCAGCUUCUGUAAGAAUGGAAGAUGCACAAGGAGCCUGGGCCUUCGAACCGGUGAUCUUCGUCCCAGAAGUGAUAUUGGUCAGUCGGAUACAGAUACAGAUACAGAGUCCUCUGAUGGUGACAACGACAAGCCGUCUACCACUUGCGGAUCCAACCAGGACUGCCCUCAAUGGUACCGAUGCAACAAAGGAGUCUGCAAGUUUCAUCAUCCUCAUCUCCACCCCGCUGAGAAGCGUGACAAUGAAGACAUCGCCAUUGAGCCGAAGGACGAAGAAACCACCAUCUCUGAGCCUGAUGUCAACAUUCUCAGUGGCAAGUACCCUCCCCACUGCCAGUCCAACAAUGACUGCCCUCCCUCGCAGCGAUGCUACGGAGGUAUUUGCAAAUAUCGCCCCCCCCAUAACCAUCCCGCUGUGAAGCGCGAUGAGGACCCCACCGAUUCUGAUGAAGACGACUUCCACAUCACCGAGCCUGAGGUUGAGGUUCUUUCUAACAAAUACCCUCCUCACUGCAAGUCGAACAAUGAUUGUCCUCCAUCGCAGCGUUGCUAUGGUGGUAUCUGCAAGUACCGGCCUCCUCACAACCACCCUUCGGUCAAGCGCGAUGAAGAUCCCACUGAUCCUGGCGAUGAUGAUUUCCACAUCACCGAGCCCGACGUCGAGGUUCUUUCGGCUAAGCCCCCUCCCUACUGCAAAUCUAACAACGACUGCCCUCGCUAUCAGCGAUGCUACGGCGGAAUCUGCAAGUACCGGGGUCCCCCUAGCAAGCGCGACGAUGAAGACUCCUCAGAUCCCGAUGAUGACGAUGACUUUCACAUCACCGAUUCUGACGCCGAGCUCCUCGUCGCUGCCCGCCGGGCUCCGCGGUGCCGAUACGACCACGAGUGCCUUCGCGACCAGAAAUGCAUCCAGUACCACUGCAUGUAUCAUGACAUGCUCGCUGAAGGUCCUUUGAUUUGA